GGUACAGCUUCGAUAAAAACGUUCGAAAUUAUUCCUCGUAAUGUGCAAUUUAUAGAGGACUUUUAUUUCUGUAUAUUACUCACAGAAACUGCGCCAAGCGCUCGGUCGAUCGUUCCUCGCCAUCGAUUUGCAAUUGAUUAUCCGUAUAACGUCAAAGGUAGUGAUGGCCUGCGAAUAAAAGAACCGCAAAACCUUCGCGCAACUCAUCAUUACAUAAAACGCUCGUCGUAAUUUUAGCCUGCCUCUAUUUCAGAAAGUGACGCAAAGGCUCUUUCCGGGCAAAAAAGAAAAUAAUUACCCGCCCACGUACAGCCGCAUACAAAGCGCGAUCUAUAGCUCCGAUAUUUUCGUCGAAUUCAUAUAACUUACAUUUAUUACUGUAUAUAUUUCUAUCUUGUAAUCUGCGCUGUCUGCAAGUGAACACGUGCGCGCGCGCAUGUAUACAAUAUAGCUAUAGCUAUAAGCUAUAGUAUAGUUAUACAUUGGACGCUGUCAGUGCACAUAGUCGAAGCAUGCGGGCGAACGCACCUAACCUAACAGUCGUCUCUCCCCAUGUAUCGAGCGUGGAAGUGCACCCGCAAUUCUUGUGAAUUAUGACAGCUUAUCACGACGAGGUGGAGAUCGAGGACUUCGAAUUCGACGAAGACACCGAGACCUACUACUACCCGUGUCCCUGUGGCGAUCAGUUUGAGAUAUCGAGGGCUGAGUUACUUGCUGGCGAGGACGAAGCUACCUGUCCAUCCUGUUCUCUAGUAAUCAAAGUUAUCUUCGACAAGGACAACUUUAUCGCUAAGUUCGAGGAGGUGCUGAAGAUCGAGGAGAAGGAACUGGUCAAGACGACUUCGUAAUAUUCCACUGUACCAUGGCAGCUCGUGGUAGAGGAAGAGGCAAGCCCUCGCUCGCCCUGCCUGGGGAUCCGGGCAUUGGAAAAGGGGAAGUAUUGCCACCUAUACUACAACCACCACCGGCUUAUCCACCGUUGGAUUUCAAACCGCUACCCACUACCAUAACGAAUGAACUGAGGUACUUGCAACAACGAAAGAAAGAGUUUGCAGACUUUAUGCACGAAUCUUUCAACAACGUCCUACCGAUUGUGGUAAAAAAAGAUAUCGAGAGGUAUUCCGACCGCUACCAGGAUCUGUCAUCGACUGUGAAAUACCAUGAAAGGUACGAUUGGAGCAGGAUGCCAGCGGAGCUGAAGCCACAAGUGAAAAAGAGGAAAGGAGAUAAAACACAAAAGAACGCUAAGAAAAAGAAGAAGGACAUUGACAUUGAGUCCAAAUUGCAAGAGCUCGAAAAGAAGGAGACUACUGCAAACCAAAGUGAUGCCGAAGAAGGGGAUAAGGACGACGAUGAGUCUGAAGACAAGGAUGUGGAGGAUAAGGUGGAAUUAGAGGAAGAAGAGAUCGACGAGGAGAUGGACGAGGGCACGGAUUAUGUGAAUAACUACUUUGACAAUGGGGAGAACUACGAAGAUGAUGAGGAGAACCUUGAUGAUGGAGCCAUUUUCUAACAGCAAAUAUAGUUGACUUGUAAAUAUAAAAUAAAAUUUAUGAUAUUUUCAAAUU